AUGGCCAUGGCCACCACCGCCGUUUUCAACUCACGAGACCUCUUACUCCAGCCCCUCCCCGAUCUCAACAUCAGCCCCCGCCGUACCACAAGUCACGCCUUGCACCGCGUUCAUUUCGUUGGAGUUCUACAACCAUGGGCAAACUUCGAGUCGGAUGUCAUGAACACCUUUAAUGCCCAAACGUGGAGCCUGCAACAUCUCGACUCCCGGAUAACGGGGCCUGCUGCCGCCGGCUCUGUCGACGAGGAGCAGGUCUUCGUCUCUAACGAACGAGGAGUGCAAGGCAGGCUAGAAGGGCGAGCCGGACUCGUUUUGGGCGCCGCUUUUCGUGCCCAGCAGCUGGACCUUGUGCUGGGAGACUCCCGGGGUGCCUUGCCGCCGUAUCGUGGCUACUUGCGACAACCCGAUUUUGUCAUGAAGACUAGUUCGGACGUAGCCAAGAUCGUGGGAGAAGGCAAGACACACUGGAUAAAUGAGCAUGACCUGGACAAUGCACUUUGGAACUUUGAGGCUGGUCUCGAUGGGAGACUCUUUCGGCACCAACUAGGUCAGACUUACGCCACCAUGUUUGAUUCUCGUGCUCACACAUAUAUAGGCCAAAUUGCUGAAUACAUGUUUGACAUGCGUCUCAAGUAUGGGUUCAUGACAACGUACAGCCAAACAAUGUUCCUUCGAAAGGUCGAUGUCGGUCGGGCAUGGGGGCUGGAGUAUUCUCCUGUAAUCCUUCACAGCGCGGUAGGGAGUACCACGGGCCAGCAGGUGUCCCUUUGUCAGAGCUUUUUCCAUGUCGGGCUCUUGGCCCUAGCAAAUUCGGAUUUUGGUACGAGUACGGGCAUGCGGACGCAGAGGUGGACAGAGAGAUUCUCUUGA